AUGUCGUCCGACGAGAUGAAGGCAGUGGCGGCCACUCCUAGCUUGACGGAUUACACCAAGGAAGACCUCAAGGUCGUCGAGGACGGGAUCGUGACCACGACAUCGCUGGGCGAGACGCGCCGCGUGUCCGCCAGCAUUGCCAUCGACCCCGCCGCCGAGCGGCGCUUGGUGCGCAAGUUUGACCUACGCAUCCUGCCCACCCUGGCCGUCAUGUACCUUUUCAACUCGCUGGACAAGUCCAACCUGGGCAACGCCAAGACGGCCCAUCUGGAACAGACGCUGCAUCUCACGGGCGACGACUACAACAUCAUCCUGUCGGUGUUUUUUGUGCCCUACGUCCUCACCGCUCCGUUCCUCGGCGUUGCCGGCAAGAAGUUUGGCCCCAGCAGGGUCUUGCCCAUCAUGAUGAUGAGCUUUGGCUUCUUCAGCUUGAUGGUUGUUGCAGUCUACAACUUCGGCGGCCUCCUGGCUCUACGAUGGUUCUUGGGUAUGGCCGAAAGUGCCUUUUUCCCACUCGUCAUCUACUACCAAACAACCUUCUACCGCCGGGGCGAACUCGCCCGCCGUCUAGCCAUCUUCUACGCCGCAUCUUCCAUUGCUUCCGCGUUCGGCGGACUCCUCUCAUUUGGAGUCUUCCAGAUCCGAUCCGGGAGUCUGGCGCGGUGGAGAUACCUCUUCAUCAUCGAGGGCGGCUGCACGAUGCUCUUCGCCAUCUUCGCGUUCUGGUACCUACCCUACGACGCGCAGAGCGCAAAGUUCCUCACGGCGGAGGAGAAGCAGCUCGCCUUCUACCGAAUCCAGGUCGACUCGUCGGCGGUUGUGGGCGAGAAAUUCAAUCUCCGAUCGGCCCUCGCCAUCUUCAAGCACCCCACCAGUUGGAUCAUACUGGGCAUCGAGAUCUGUCUAGGCGUGCCUCUCCAGUCCGUGUCCCUAUUUCUACCGGUUAUCGUCUCCCGACUGGGCUAUUCCACCGUCAAGACGAACCUAUAUACCGUGGCGCCCAACAUCUCCGGCGCGGUGAUGCUGAUCCUCCUGGCGUUUGCGUCCGACUAUACGCGCCUACGUUUCCCCUUUGUCGCGCUGGGCUUCGCUUUCACGUGCAUCGGCUUCAUCAUUUACGCGGCGGUCGACGUGCACACGCAGCUACACGUGGCGUACUUUGCCUGCUUUAUGAUGACAUGGGGAACCAGCGCGCCCAGCGUCAUUCUCGACGUGUGGUACAACAACAACAUCGCCGACGAGAACAAGCGCAUCAUGCUGACGGCCAUUGCCGUGCCCUGUGCCAACAUGAUGGGCGUCGUUUCGAGCAACAUCUUCCAGAACAAGGAUGCCCCAAAGUACAUGCCUGCCCUGCUGACCACGGCCAUCUUUGGCGCCUGUGGCUGUCUUCUCACCCUGCUGCUGGGCGCCUGGAUGGUCCUCGACAACAAGAGGAGAGACCGCUGCGAUGGACGCACCGUCAAGGCAAAGGAUAUCCCGUCCGAGCUCCUCGCCGCUGGUCCCGCGACUCCCGAAUACCGGUGGUUUUUGUGA